AUGGACUCCCGCCUGCUCCCCUGGGCACUGGUGCUGCUGAGUCCGGCCCUGGUACUGGCGCUGGACCGCGUGCCCGCCCCGGUGGCGCCAGAGAAACUGUGUGGCCACCACUUCGUUCGGGCGCUGGUGCGAGUGUGCGGUGGCCCGCGCUGGUCCCCCGAGGCCGGGCGGCCAGUGGCUGGCGGCGACCGUGAGCUGCUGCAAUGGCUGGAAGGACGACAUCAUGGCCUGGUGGCCGAGGACUCUAUGCUGGUACUUGACCCACAGCCCCUGCCCCAGGCCUCUCACCAUCACUACCACCGCCGGGCAGCUGCAACCAACCCUGUCCGCCACUGCUGCCUCAGUGGCUGCACUUGGCAAGACCUGCUGACCCUCUGUCCCCACUAAGCUCUCCUGGGGCAUGGCCUCAGGAGAGCCAGAGACUCAGAAGGUCUGGUCUGAAACUCCUGAAGCCAUACAACACCAUAAAGCCCCAUAUCUGGGGGUACAUUGUUGAUUACCUCCUGAGACAGGGAACUCACCACCUACCCUAGGUCACUUGUUUUCUGUGGGGCCAACUUGGGGGAAAAACACCCCCAAUACCCUGGCUUAGAGGAUCCUUGAUUUUACAGAGAUGUCAGACACUGAGGGCCAAAUGUCCUCACCUCUGAGGAGCCCCAGGUACCACCCUCUCUGCAUUUGU